AUGGACUGCUCUUUCACCCGCUCGCCCGCGGAGCUCCUCCGAGACUUCAGUGUUUCGGAGGAAGCAGGGCUGACCCAGGCACAAGUGCUGCAUUCGCGGGAGAAGCAUGGUGCAAAUGCUCUCGACGAAGAGGAAGCAACCCCUCUGUGGAAACUGGUUCUCGAACAAUUUCAAGACCAGCUGGUCCUCAUCCUCCUUGCUUCGGCCGCAGUCUCAUUCGUCCUGGCUCUUUACGACGAUGCCGACGACUGGACUGCCUUCGUUGACCCCGCUGUGAUUCUCACCAUCCUAAUCCUCAAUGCCAUUGUUGGCGUGUCUCAAGAAAGCAGCGCUGAGAAAGCCAUUGCCGCUCUUCAAGAAUAUUCCGCCAAUGUAACCAAGGUCGUUCGCAAUGGUACCCUGCAAAAGAUCAAGGCCGAGGAAUUGGUUCCUGGAGACAUCAUCCAUAUCGCCGUGGGCGACCGCGUCCCUGCCGAUUGCCGGUUGCUGACAAUUCAAAGCAACAGCUUCCGAGUGGAUCAGGCAAUAUUGACCGGUGAAAGUGAAAGUGUCGCAAAGGAUACGAAAGUCGUUGAGGAUAAGCAGGCCGUUAAACAAGACCAGACAAACAUGCUCUUCUCCGGUACUACCGUUGUGGCUGGCCACGCAACUGCAAUCGUCGCUCUGACGGGAGCUUCAACCGCCAUUGGUGGUAUCCACGAGAGCAUUACUUCUCAAAUCUCCGAACCCACACCCUUGAAACAGAAGCUAAACGACUUCGGCGAUGUAUUGGCCAAAGUCAUCACUGUCAUUUGCAUUGCCGUCUGGCUGAUCAACAUUGAGCAUUUCAAUGAUCCUUCUCAUGGUGGCUGGGCUAAAGGUGCUAUCUACUAUCUCAAGAUUGCCGUGUCUCUCGGAGUGGCCGCCAUUCCAGAAGGUCUCGCCGUCGUUAUCACCACCUGCCUGGCUUUGGGUACCCGAAAAAUGGCAGCCAAGAAUGCCGUCGUUAGAUCACUGCCGUCUGUCGAGACUUUGGGAAGCUGUAGCGUCAUUUGCUCCGAUAAGACCGGUACCCUGACUACCAACCAGAUGAGUGUGGAGAAGAUUAUCUAUCUGGACUCUUCUGGCCAAGGGUUUGAGGAAAUUGACGUAGAAGGUACCACCUUCGCUCCCGUUGGCUCAUUGAGAAAGCAGGGUAAACCACUGAAAGACCUGGCGGUCUCGUCCUCAACAAUCAGUCAGAUGACUGAGGUUCUCGCUCUGAACAACGAGGCUAUUUUGGCUUAUGACCCAAAGACUGGUUACUCCUGUAUCGGUGAACCCACCGAGGGAGCCCUGCGUGUACUGGCUGAGAAGAUUGGAACAGACAACGCUGUUUACAACGAGAACCUGCGAUCCUUGCCGCCCUCCGCUGGGUUACAUGCUACAAGCAAAUACUACGAAAACAAGUUGUCAUUGAAAGCCACCUAUGAAUUCUCUCGGGACCGCAAGAGCAUGUCUGUUUUAGUCGGCGAGGGUAAAGAACAAAAGCUUCUGGUCAAGGGUGCCCCUGAAUCCAUUAUCGAACGUUGCUCGCAUGUCCUCCUUGGUUCAAACGGUCCACGUGUGCCAUUGACCAAGAGCCACAUCGAUAUGAUCACCCAACAGGUUGUUGAAUGCGGUAAUCGAGGUCUUCGCGUUAUUGCACUUGCCAGCGCACACAACGUCUCAGCAAACCCGCUCUUGCACACUGCGCAAACGUCCGAAGAAUACGCCCAACUGGAACGCGACAUGACUUUGAUCGGCCUUGUCGGCAUGCUCGACCCUCCUCGACCAGAGGUCGCUGGUUCUAUUCGUCAAUGUCGUGAAGCUGGAAUUCGAAUUAUUGUCAUCACUGGAGACAACCGGAACACUGCCGAGUCCAUCUGCCGCCAAAUUGGGGUUUUUGGUGCCAAGGAGGACCUUCGGGGGAAAAGCUUCACUGGUAGAGAGUUUGACGAUCUUAGUGACAGCCAAAAGUUGGAGGCUGUCAAGAACGCAUCUUUGUUUUCCCGCACCGAGCCUGCUCAUAAAUCUAAACUCGUCGAUCUCCUUCAGUCACUCGGCCAUGUUGUUGCUAUGACUGGUGAUGGUGUCAAUGAUGCCCCGGCUUUGAAAAAGGCAGACAUCGGCGUGGCCAUGGGUACAGGGACAGAUGUUGCCAAGCUCGCUGCUGAUAUGGUUCUCGCCGAUGACAACUUUGCUACGAUCCAAGUCGCCGUAGAGGAAGGACGUUCUAUCUAUAGCAACACCCAGCAGUUCAUCCGGUACUUAAUCUCCUCCAACAUCGGUGAAGUGGUCUCGAUCUUCUUGACCGCUGCUUUGGGAUUGCCUGAGGCCUUGGUGCCCGUUCAGUUGCUAUGGGUUAACCUUGUUACCGAUGGCUUACCCGCUACCGCUCUCUCCUUCAACCCUCCUGACCAUGAUGUCAUGAGAAGACCUCCUCGCCAGCGCGACGAAGCUCUCGUUGGCGGCUGGCUCUUCUUCCGCUACAUGGUUAUCGGAACAUACGUCGGCGCAGCCACUGUGUUUGGCUAUGUGUGGUGGUUCAUGUUCAACCCUGCCGGACCCCAAAUCUCGUACUGGCAACUAUCCCACUUCCACAAGUGCUCGUCCGAAUUCCCUGAAAUAGGCUGCUCGAUGUUUGCCAACGACAUGUCCAAGUCGGCAUCAACAGUAUCCCUGUCCAUUCUCGUAGUCAUCGAGAUGCUCAACGCCAUGAACGCGCUUUCGUCCAGUGAGUCGCUGCUCACUUUCCCCCUCUGGCACAACCCGAUGCUCGUGUAUGCGAUUAUCUUGUCGAUGUCGCUGCACUUUGCAAUCUUGUAUGUGCCUUUCUUGCAAGGAUUGUUUGCUAUUUUACCAUUGGACUGGAAUGAAUGGCAGGCUGUCUUGGUUAUCAGUGCACCAGUAAUCAUAAUCGACGAAGUUCUCAAAUUCUUUGAAAGACGUCUUUACGAUAAACACGUAGAACAACCCGUUAAAUCAGAAGCAAACGGUAAAAUCAAGGCUGCUUGA